AUGAAUCAAAGAGAUGAUAUACUGACUGGAGGUACGACAUUAAAGGAACACAACAAGACCUUGCAAACAGUUCUGCAACGUGCAAAAGACUUUGGUAUUACUUUGAACAAAGAGAAAUGUCAAUUCGGUGUGCAAGAAUUAGAAUUCUAUGGAUACAGAUUCACAAAUGAAGAAUUGAAGCCAAUUGCAGAUAAAGUGAAAGCUGUGAAGGAUUGCAAAGCUCCAGGAUCAAAAGAAGAGGUCCGUAGUUUCUUAGGUAUGAUAGGAUAUUUAUCCAAGUUUAUUCCUCGAUAUGCAGUCUUAACAGCACCUUUGAGAAGAUUGACAGGUAAAGAUAUUCCUUUCUCAUGGGGUCCAGAAGAGCAAGCUGCGUUUCAGAAACUGAAAGAUAGCAUCACUGAUAAGAACACAAUGGCAUUUUUCGAUCCAAGAAGACCGAUCAUUGUUCGGGCAGAAGCAAGUUUUCACGAAGGACUCUCAGCUGGAUUGUUCCAGAAAACUAGCAAGGGAUUGCAACCCGUUCAUUACAUAAGCAGGUCUAUGACAACUGCAGAGAAGAGAUACAGCCAAACAGAAAAAGAUGCACUGGCUGUCAAGUGGGCGAAGACAAGAUUUUCAAUGUAUUUGCUUGGUGCGCCGAAGUUCACAAUUAUGACGUCACACAAACCCCUGAUUCCCAUGUUCAACAGAUCUUGUGUGAAACUCCCUCCACGGAUAGAAAAGUGGAUCAUGGAGAUGCAAGAUGUAGAUUAUGAAUUGAUAUACGUUCCGGGAAAAGAUGAGGCAGACCCAAUGGAUUAUCUUUCAAGACAUCCUCUGGAAGAGACAGAAUCAGAUAAUACAGAAAAUAUCAUUAAAAUGAUUGUUUUCAACGAACAUGGCGUAGUCACUGAUAGCAUAAAGCAAGCUACAUCUGAAGAUGAGAUACUGCGGAAGAUCAAAGAUAUCAUGAGAAGAAACCACUGGGAAGAUUACAAAGAUCGACCAGAGAUUAAACCAUACUACUUGGUUCGGCACGAGUUAUAUCGAGCGAAUGGUCUAAUCUUACGGAACAGGCAAGUAGUGAUUCCAAAGAAGCUUCAGAGAUCAACGAUAAAAGCUGCUCACAGUAUGGGUCAUUUCGGGAUGACGAGAACCAAACAGAUGUUAAGAGAAAAAUAUUGGUUUCCGAGACUGAACUGUUUGGUUGAAGACAUAAUAUCGAGAUGUUUCCAGUGUCAGAUUUCCACUGAAGAAAAGAAACAAGAACCAGUGAAACCUACAGAGAUACCAGAAAUAGCGUGGCACACCUUAUCAGUUGACUUUGGUGGGCCAUAUCCAGAUGAACAUUAUAAUUUGGUUGCUAUAAACAAGCGAACCAGAUUUCCAGUUGUUGAAGAGACCAAGUCAACAUCAUUCAAGACGACAUCCGGACAGCUUCAGAAGAUAUUUGCUACAUACGGUAUUCCUGAAAGAAUCGAGACAGAUAAUGGACCGCCAUUUAACUCCCUAGAUUUUCGAAAACUUGCUGAUGAAUAUGGAUUUCAUCACCAUAGAGUUACCCCAGAACACCCCAGAGCAAAUGGAGAGGCAGAAAGAUUCAUGAAAGUCUUGAAUAAGACAGAAAAGAUUGCUCACAGUGAAGGUACAUCCACCAACGUGGCAGUUCAAAAUAUGCUUAAGGGGUACAGGUCGACUCCGCAUCCUGCUACAGGAUAUACACCAAUUGAGGCAUUAAUGAGGCGAAAUGUGCGUACGAAACUAGACUAUCCGGGAUUUCAACAAACCAACAUCAGUAAAAUGGAGAGAGAAAUAACCAACAAAGACAAAAUAUACAAGAAGAAAUGGGAGGACCAGCAUAGACACCCGAAAACUGUCGAGAGUAGUUUCAAGGUCGGGGAUGAAGUGCUUCUCAAGAAGAUGAAGGUGAAUAAAUUGUCAACAGCUUAUGAACAAGAACAUUAUACAAUCAUCGACAUUCAUGGAUCCAGCAUUUUGGCCAAGCGGAAAUCAGAUGGUCGUACAGUUUACAGAGAUGCAUCGAAAUUCAAAAGGUAUCUUGUAAAUGAUGACCAAUGGAGAGAACGCUUAUUGCGUAUACCGGAAAGAAACCAAAUUCAACGAGAUCCACAGGAGAACAAUAACCAAAUUGAAGAAACCCAAAACAGUGCUGUUGAAAACCAAGUUACUGGUGAUGACACUGGAAGACAAGUUACCAGUGAGACUACUGAUGAACAUGAACUGAAUAGAAGAGUUCAGCCCAAACGUACUCUACGAUUACCAUCAAGAUUCAAAGACUAUGUUUUAGACUUCAAGAAACGAAAUUAA